AAAAUAAAAAGAAAAAAAGAGAGAAACAGAGAAAGUGAAUGAGAAGGAGGAAGAAGAAGAGAAAAAAAAAAAAAGAAAAAGAGACGACGUCGGUGGAAUUGAGUGUUGCCGUUGCUAUUGACGCAGCAAAUAGAGAGAAAGAGAAAGUGCAACGGCUGCAACAACGAUUUUAGAUUUCCUCUUUUUUUCUUUUUCAGCGGUGAUUUUGGAGAACAGGAGCAAUGGCCACAACGAUUUUAUCGGUGAUUUCAACCGUGAUUUUAAAUCCCCUUAAUAUAUUAUUUGAUAUUUUUAUCUAUAUAGAUCUUAUUCUUCUCCAAUAAUAAUUUGAUUUUAUAAAUUUUUUGUAUCACCAUUUAUAACGUCAAAUAUAAUUUUAAAAAAUUUAUAUUUUUGUAACAUUAUUAGGGACAAAAACACGAGUCAUGUUUCUAAAGCAAACUCAAAGUCUAACUCCAAACACCCCCACUGAAAAAAGCCCAACGACCCCAUGCGGCAGCUGGCGAGGAGAUCUUAAAUAGCAUCACAGGCACGGUCACCUGUCAUCGACAAGAAACCAAGGAAACGGUUCUGACUUUCCUAAACCACUGUGGCUGCACCACCACCCUCCCGGUUUGUGCAUCAUCGAACUGGUCGACCUCCUCAACUCACUCCGACUUAACCUGGCGAGUCCCAAUUUGGCUCGUCUCUUUGUCUCACACCUCUGUUUGUUGACAACAGCAAUAUAACAACUAUAACAGGCUAACAGAUUGCAUCAAGAAAUGCCAUUUCAGUUUUUGUCAAUAACCGAGUCUUUUGACUUGGUCAAUUUCAAUUAGUCUUAGACAUUAGUAUGACUAUAUAUAUAAGUGUUCAAGUUAGUAAUAAUAUAAAAGAGAUGUACAAGAAUCAGUUUAUGAGAUCAUUCAAUAAAGAUCACUCAAUUUCAGUUUUCUUAGCACACGAGUAAUUACUCUCUGUUCAUAGUUCUACCUACUACAAUUGCGUCUCAGCAAUAAUUUUCACGUGGUAUCAACUAUCAAGAGCUUCAAGGUUCUUAUCUCUGGUUUUGAUUGUUCCUUCUUCUUCCAACAACAACAAAUCACUUUUUUCACCUAUACCAGACAAGCUUGAUGAAACAAAUUUUUAUCACCUGGGAACAAUUGGCUCUAUUCACCAUAUAAUUGAAGGCAAAGAACCUCCCAAGUGCAUCUGAGUCAAAGAAAGCAUCAAACACUAUUUCCUCCAAAUAUGAAGAAUGGCAAUAAGAUUUCAACCUUAGUUCCUGGCUUGCUUCAUUCGACAGUUCCUUCAAAAACAAAAUCAUCCACUACACUUCUGCACUACAGAUUUGGCAAAAGCUUUGACAACUCUUUGCUGAAACAACAAGAAGAAAGAUCAAACAAUUUCGCACUCAAAUAAAGAACUCCAAGAAACAAUCUCUUUCAAUUACUGAGUAUCUUUCUAACAUCAAGAAACUGGUUAAUUCUCUUAUUGCUUUAGGUCAUGAUGUUAGCACGUUGAGGCCAUAUGUGAUGGACUCCCAGAAGAUUUUUCAAGCUGUAUUUCAUUGGUGCAAGCUAAGCAUGAGUUAUUCAGUGUAGGAGAAGUCGAAACCUUACUUGUCUCUCAUGAAAAAACUCUAGAAAAGUUCAAGCAAUUGUUUCUUGGAAUGGAACAAGCACAAAUAGCUCAAUCUGGUUUCUCCAAUUCAAGAUUCACUGGCAGGAACUUUAAUGGUAGGAGAGGUGGCCGUGGUGGCUGCUUUGGCUGUGGAGGUAGAUUUUCUUGGCAGUCUAGCAACACUCUGGACAUUCUGCUCUUUAUUGCUUCUACCGUUCUGAUCUUGCAUACAAUGGACACCCAACAUCUUUUAAUUCCUCAAUUGCGUCUAAUCAACUGCAUUCCAUCAACUACAGUCUUACUACAUCCACUUCUUCUAAUGCUGACACAUUUUGGUACCCUGACACAGGUGCCAGCCAUCAUCUCACACACGAUGCAUCAAAUCUCAUUACUGCCAAUGACUAUACAGGCCCUGAUCAGCUUUUCAUUGCAAACGGUCAACAAGGCAAUUCUACUUCACGGAAUUCUUAAACAUGAUCUUUAUGCCUUUGACAACUUGACUGUCCCACCUUCUUUAGUUGAUAACUCUAAUUUUCAUAUUUUCUUGACAAAAUGUAAUUUGAAUUUAACUCUCUGGCGUAGAAGGCUUGGACAUCCUUCUUCUUCUGUUAUCAAAACUGUCCUUAAACAAUGUAAUCUACCAAUUGAAUCUAAUACAAUUUCUGAUUCUUUUAUUUGUGAUCAUUGUGCAAUGUCCAAAAUGCAUGUUUUUCCUUUUUCUGCUUCUAACACCACAUAUUUUCUAGCGCAUUAUACUUGCUUGGUAGGUGCAAUGGCCCGUGCUGGGCACUUGGAACAGGCAGAGAGGGUAGCAUUGACAAUGCCAUAUAAGCCAGAUGCUGCAGUUUGGCGAGCCUUGCUAUCAGCUUGUGCUUUUCAUGGUGAAGCCGAUAAGGCUUGGUCUAUGGCCAGGAGGGUUUUGGAACUUGAACCGCUUGAUGACUCGGCUUAUGUUAUUGUUGCCAAUGUGUUGUCAGCUGCAGGAAGGUGGGAUGAUGUUGCAGAAUUGAGGAAGAUGUUGAGAGAUAGGAGGGUGAAGAAACAAGGAGGGAGGAGUUGGAUUGAAGUUCAGGGAAAAGUACAUGUUUUUGCAGCAGGGGACUGGAAGCAUGAGAGAUCCGCGGAAAUUUAUCGUAAGUUGGAAGAGAUCAUGGGGGAGAUUGAGAAAUUGGGAUAUGUUCCAAUUUGGGAUGAGUUGUUGCACAAUGUGGAGGAAGAAAAGAGAAAGGAGGCUCUUUGGCAUCACAGCGAGAAGUUGGCAGUGGCAUUUGGUAUGUUGUGUGGGUCUGCACCACCAGGAAAGCCAUUGAGAAUUGUGAAGAAUUUGAGGAUUUGUAAGGAUUGUCAUGAAGCUAAGUAUAUGACCAGAAUUUUAGAAAGGGAAAUUAUUGUGAGGGAUGUUAACAGAUAUCACAGAUUUGUUGAUGGUAAUUGUACUUGUAGAGACAUAUGGUAGCACAU